AUGUUCGCGUCCCUACUAAGACGUCAAUCCAAUCAAUUCAUCCAAAUUCUCACUAGACAAGCUUCGAAUAUGACUGGAGUACAACUGAAUACCGUUAUCUCUCAAUUAAAAGCCUAUGCACCACUGUAUCUCGCCGAUCAAUCAUGGGAUAAUGUUGGAUUACUCGUCGAGCCCUAUGACGACAACCCAUUGGUACAAAGAGUCUUCUUUACAAAUGAUCUAACUGAGCCAGUGCUCGAAGAAGCAAUUGAAAAACGUGCGCAACUGAUCGUUAGUUAUCAUCCGCCGAUAUUCAGUUCGCUAAAACGUUUAACACAAAGUAGUUGGAAAGAGAGAAUUAUCUUGAAAUGUAUUCUGCAUGGCAUUGCCGUGUAUUCACCACACACAUCAUGGGAUGCAGUGGAAAACGGCGUGAAUCAAUGGCUGAUAUCUGCAUUUGGCACAAACGGAGAAGAAUAUAUAUCGCGACCGAUUCAAACAGUGACCGAAAACAAUACGCCAUCAAACAAUCAACAAAUGUUAACUAUAACUUUGCCGGAAGACGAAAAAACAGAUGCAAUCGCAAACAUCAAAGAUGUGAUGAUUAUCAACGAAAUUCCUUGUCGUACAACUAAUGGUCCCGCACGUCAAGUGUCCGUCUCCUGUCCACCUCAAGCGAUAAGUUCGAUUUUGGAUUUAUAUCACGACGAAGAUAUUAUUCGUAAAACAAUUCAAAUUGUUGACGUGAAAAAACCAGUAGAUUCUCGUCAAGGCUACGGUCGUAUCAUAACACUAAAUCAACCUCUUACGAUUCAACAGGUUAUUGUCAACGUGAAACAGUUAACGGGCCUUGAACAUGUUCGUGUUGCACUAGCGAACAAUAAGACAAUUGAUUCUCCAAUAAAAACCAUUGCUGUUUGUGCUGGUUCAGGUUCAAGCGUAUUUACCAAUGCACGCAAUGCCGAUAUUCAAUUAACUGGCGAGCUUUCUCAUCAUGCGGUUCUAGACGCCAUCCAUCGAGGUACAACUGUCAUCUUAUGUGAUCAUACGAACACAGAACGCGGAUUUUUGAAAGUUGUCAAAGAACAUUUCGAACGCAUAUGGGAUUCCACUCAAGUUCAAUUAAUUAUCUCACAACGUGAUAAAGAUCCAUUAGACAUUGUCUAG